UCCUGGGUCCGUCCCCUAGCUCAGACAAUGCUGAACGGUGUGCAUUUCCAGACACGAAUAGCCUCUAUUAUGGAUAUUUUCGCUAAAGCUGCUGUGACAGAAAUAAGCAGACUUUUGAAGGAGGGGACCGCAGCAGCCUCCUCCGGCGAGCUGCGUUUGGAGCUCGCCCUGAGCGCGAGCGGUGAGCUCGAGACGCCGGCGGCCGCCGACGGGAGAACGACACAGCUAGCCUCCAUCAUGGACACCUUGUCGAAAGAAGCUGCUGAUAAGAUUAUCAGACUUGUUAACGAGGACUUUGCGCUGAUGCGCUUGGAGAUAUCCCAGAGGCAGAAUGAGAAUGACUCCCUGAAGAGGAGGCUUCGGCUGAUGGAGAGCGAGCGCGUGGCGAAGCAGGGCCUCCGAAGGAGAGGGCCGCGGAAGAGUUCCGCAAAGAAACCCCAACAUGUCGUCGCACUUCCGGUGGACGGCCAGCGCGGAGGAGCCAUCAGAGAAGAGGAUCGGUCUGUUCUUUUAGACCGGCAGAAUGAAGGAGAAUUUCCAGCUGAGGACUCUGUUGCCGUGAUCAACAAGCUUGUAGUUGAGGAGGAUGAUGGCCAGGGCCGGACUGAGUCCAUCCUGAACAAUGAAGGACUUGAAGCUGACAGUGAUCCACUAGGAUGGCUGAAGACUAAAGAAGAGAACUCUGUAGGGCCUGAAGAUGAUUCUGCUGGAAACCGAAAUAUUGACCUUCAGCUCUGUGAUGAGUUAGAUGCACAAGGUGCUCCUUCGGAUCAAGAGGAAGGGGACGCUCCGCCCGCAAAAGCAAAUUCAAACCCGCAUGAAAAUAAAAACGGCGCAAGACUUCGUCCGCUGAAGAACGCAAGAACCCUAGUAGAUGCUGAAAAAGGAGACAAACAGUUCAUUUGCACGCAGUGUGGGAAGAGUUUUGGUAGGUUAAGUAAUCUGAAGGCACAUCAAGUUGUACACACUGGGGAGAAACCUUAUAGUUGCACGCAGUGUGGGAAACGCUUCACGGCAAAGUGUAGUUUAAAUGUACAUCAGUUAAUAGUGCACAAAGGAGAGAAGCGAUUCAGUUGCACGUACUGCGAGAAGAUUUUUGGCACACAGAGUCAUCUUAAAGAACACCAAAUUAUUUCCAAAGGGGGGAGACCACUAACUUGCACACAGUGCGGGAAGAGCUUUCCGGUGAAAUGCAGUCUGAAAGUGCACUGGUUGAAUGUGCACAAAGGGGAGAAGCGGUUCAGCUGCUCCCAAUGUGGGAAAAUCUUUGCGAGACAAAGAGACCUUAAAGCUCACCACGUUGUUCACACAGGGGAGAAACCAUUUCACUGCACACAGUGUGGAAAGUGUUUCACAGCCAAACGUAGUCUCAACGUACACCGGUUGACGGUACACAAAGGCGAGAAACCGUACAGCUGCGAUGUAUGCGGGAAAAGGUGCAGUCAGAAAAGCGGACUUAAAAUGCACCAGAGGAUUCACACGGGAGAGAAACCAUACAGCUGUGUCAAGUGUGGCAAGAACUUUGGCAACAAAAGUGCUCUUAAUAUCCAUCACAGAGUUCACACGGGCGAGAAAGCAUUUGCCUGUGACGUAUGCGGGAAGUGUUUCAGCCUCGCGCCGAACCUCAGCAGGCAUCAGCGUAUCCACACGGGAGAGAAAGCGUUCAGCUGUGUGACGUGCGACAAAACUUUUACUCAAGCCAGCCAUCUCAAGGUGCAUCAACGCAUUCAUACUGGAGAAAAAGCGUUCAUUUGUGACACUUGCGGAAAGAGUUUUAAUCAAAAAAGUGCCCUUAAAACGCACCAGAGAGUUCACACUGGCGAGAAACCAUACAGCUGCGGUGAGUGUGGUAAGACCUUCCGUUCUGCAAAUUAUUUGAAAAAACAUCAACAGAUUCACACCGGAGAGAAAUCUUACAGCUGUUUCGAGUGCGGAAAGCUUUUCCGUACGGCCAACAAUCUCAAGACGCACCAGCAAAUACAUUCAGGAGAGAAGCCAUACAGCUGCAGUAUAUGUGGACAAAGUUACAGCUCUGCAAGCUAUUUUAACACACACCUGCUGAUUCACACGGGAGAGAAACCGUACAGCUGUGCGCAGUGUGGUAGGAGCUUCACCAAGCAAAGUAGCCUUAAUUUACACCAGCGCACUCACACAGGAGAGAAACCGUUCGGUUGUCAAGUGUGCGGGAAGAGCUUUAGCGUCGCACAGAAUCUCACUCGGCACCAGCGUAUUCACACCGGAGAGAAACCGUUCAGUUGCGCUACGUGUGGCAAGAGCUUCAGCCAAGCAAAUAACCUGAAGGCGCACCAGCAAAUCCACACUGGAGAGAAGUCUUUCAUCUGCGAUAGGUGUGGAAAGUGUUUCUCUUACUUGAGAAAUCUUAAGGAACACAAGUGUAUUUAUGGUUAAGAUAAAUGUGUUUUGUCAGCUGUUACGUAUACACUCAACGUUUUUAUAGCGAGCCUUUCGGCUUCUUUUCAAGGUCAGAAAAGCACUUUAAAAUGUCUUACCAUGAUGAUAAGAUUUUGGUAAAUCCAGUUUUCUCUGUCACCAGAUCUAUGUUACUGGGAUUACAGACAGAUUUUGACUUUUUUUUUGCUCUAGAUAAACGGACAGUUCUAGAUAGCAAUUACACUUUCUUAUAAAAAGGCCCAUAAUGGAAGUGUUUCCUUUCUUUUGAGGAUUAAAAAACAAUUUUUUUAAAAUCGUGCUUAAUUUAAUUUUUGUAUAGGGCAAUAUAGGACCUAAUAUGUUUUGGGGUUGUUUUUUCAGCGGAGUAACAUUUUGGACAUUUUUUAUAUAAGGUUUGAGCUGUGAAAGGGAGAUGGUGAUAUUUUUUUCUGAAGGGUGUAGUUCAUAAGAUAUUUUAUUCAUUACCUUUUAUUACCAGCACACAGUUGCGAUGGAAAAGAUUAAAGGCUUUAUUUGUGGUGGGUAAUAACAAAAGGCAUAUCAACACAGUGGUAAAAAUAGCUGAAUCCCACAAAUUUGAAUUAUAUUUGAAUUAAAAAUUGUUUUAUCUUUGGUUUGUCUUUUAAAAUGAUAAAUGGGUUCAUGCUAUUCUUUAAUACUGUAUAUUCAGCUGUUCAGAUUGGGCAUUUUGUUAAUAGUAGUAAAAGCAUGGUUAGGAGAUCUAUUUUUAGGUUGAAGACGCUGCUAUCUUUGGUGUUUCGGUGUUUGCUGACUAGACACAUUUUUAGUCCUGAAUGAGUCAUGAUGUUCUCUUUAAGGAUGAAC